GUAUCCCUUGCGAGCUUAAUUUCCUCCCUAUUUCUUCUCUGCUUCUUUCUUUACCCAAACAAUCCAUUUCUAAUUUCUUGCAUCCAAAGCAACUGCAACAACAAACGAGAACGCUCUCUCCGCAAAAUCUUGAAUCGCUUCUUCUCCGUGUUCAUGUGAUCUGUGUUUAGGAACCAAAAGAAUUCUGUAUUAUUCAGAGGAAGAUGAGUUGCAACGGGUGCCGAGUUCUGCGAAAGGGAUGCAGCGAGUCGUGUAUUCUACGCCCGUCUUUGCAGUGGAUCGAGAGCCCCGAAUCACAAGGCCACGCCACCGUUUUCGUCGCCAAGUUCUUCGGCCGCGCUGGUCUCAUGUCCUUCAUCUCUACCGUCCCGGAAAACCAGCGUCCCGCUUUGUUUCAGUCCCUUCUGUUUGAAGCGUGUGGAAGAACUGUAAACCCUGUAAACGGCGCCGUUGGGCUGCUAUGGACAGGGAACUGGCAUAUUUGUGAGGCGGCAGUGGAGACUGUCCUACGCGGCGGUGCACUGCGUCCGAUUCCGGAGCUACUUUCUGGUGGAGGAUCUCCGACUCCUGCGUCCGACGAGGCCUCCGAGGUGGCCUGUACGGACAUGUGGAAGCUCCAGGAUCCGAGUCCGACUUCCAACUGUCGAUUCUCCAGUCCGAGAUCCAUGGCGUCCGUGAAGCGCAAUCGAACCGUCGAAUCUCCAACGCUGACGCAACCGAACGAUCUGCAUCUUCGCUUGUCAGCGAAGUUCUCCCCUCACAAGCAGGAAAUCGGACGGCCGGGGACGCCAUCGAUGUAUUCGGAUGAGUCGGUGGCCACAACGUGCUUGGAAAGUGGAUUGGGCGACCAGUUCAGCAGUGGAGGAGGGAAUAGAAAGCUGCUUAACCUGUUUGUUUGAAGAGAACUCUUCAUUUUUCUUUGGUGAAUCUGACGUUCACACAGGAAUUAUCAAUGGUAGAUUGGUGUAAUAUUCUUCUGUUUAAGGGGACUGUUUUGAGUUUUUGGAAAUUAUACCGGCACUGGAUUUCUCGCUUAACAGUGAAGAGAGAAACAUGAGGGUUGCCGGUAUUUCUUAAUUUAUUUCUUCAUCUUCUUUUUUAUGUUCUCUUCCUGGUUCUAUGUCUAGCAAUUAAUGUUUGACAUUAAUAAAGGCAGGGCUAGUUUUUCUUUUCGUUAUA